AUGGGUACCUCGAACGAGAACACAGAAAGGGCAUACAUUGCAGCAUCGCGGAGGACGGACCGAAGCAUCGAGGCUCGUCUUCAGUCCGCCCGUAUGGCCAGCGAGAUCCACAGGCAGCGUACUGGACGGCCAUUUCUCAUCACGGAAGAGAUUGUAGCCAGUGAUGGCAUGUACGAGGAGAUCGAUACUCACAAACGGCCGCCUGUGCUGCUUGCUCCGGAGAUGCAAACGGCUUCGAUCGAAUGUAAUUCCAGAGUGGAAGCAUAUCUUCAGCAUCGACGAAGCAUGUCAAGCUACGUGGCAUGCUUGAGCGAGCAAGAGCACUGGGGUGCUAUCGAGCGCCUUUUCGCAGAGUCUUUCCCCGAUGCUACCGCACAGGCUCGUCGUGUUGCUCGACAAUUACAGCUGCCUAGUUUUGCCGACUCGGAAGACGAUAUACGCUACUACUUCGAUGACGCGAUCGAUAUACAAGGAGGUGAACCGACGUCAACGCCAACUCACUUUGGCGGCGAUGUUGAACAUGAUCUGCCGAGAUCGUCUGGCGCCUCAGUGCCGGUAGAUGAGCGCCGGCACGACCGGGGGCACGACCAGGACUUUCCGUUCACAUCUGAUUAUCCGCCGGAGAUGUGCAUGAUUCUGCAAGGAGAUGAAGCUGGAUUUGACGCUCACUCUGCAUUCUCAGAGGUGGAUAGAGGCAAGUAUUGCAAUCCUGCCGACGUCUUCCAUGCAGAUGGGAAUUUGGGGGCUAGGGACGGCAAUGAGCCACUGACCAACUCGAAGGAAGAGUGA